UAUUUUUACCUUUUCAUGCUUCUUUUCUCUGCAUGCAAGCCAAACACUUAUCAAUCAUCUCCCACUUAAACUGCAUCUGUAAUCAUUACCAUCUCGUCUCUCAGUUCAUAAAUAUAUAUACAUGAUUAUAAUCUCUAGAUUCUUCUUCAGCUGCUGCUAAUGCAACAUCAAAUUUCAAUGCAUGGACAAUCCUGCAGCUUCGCAUCACCACCAGAUUACGCCUGCGCAACUAGAAGAUAUAUUGGCUUCUACUAACUCAUCGGAACCAUAUACUCUGGAUGAAAACAAGGUGAGACCUCAACAAGAACAAGCUCCUCCUUCUUUAAAAUGCCCAAGAUGCGAUUCUACAAACACAAAAUUCUGUUACUACAACAACUAUAGUCUGUCACAACCAAGGUAUUUCUGCAAGUCAUGUAAAAAGCACUGGACACAAGGUGGUUCUAUAAGAAAAAUUCCAGUCGGUGGGAGUUGUAAGAAGAAGAGCAACAAGAAAUCAUCAUCGGUAUCUGCUAAAAAAUCCAAAGAUCAAUCGGUUAAUUCAGUCCCAUCUUUAACUUCUGUUUCAAAUGAUGUGACACUUACAUUUUCUGGACAUCAAAAUCACAAACAACUCACUACUACCACUACCAGUGAACAUAUUUUAGGACUAGAGCCUGACAUUGAACCCAUGAGUACUGUCUUUGGAAGCCAUGGUAACACACAGUUUGAUACUCUUCGAAGUAGUGCCUGUACAUCCACAUCCACAACCAACAACAGCAAUAGUAAUCCUAACACAUUACUUUUUGAAGCACUUAAAUGUGGUUUUCUUGAGACUCAAAGUGGGAAUCAUAGUUUCAAUGGUUAUCAAGGUAUGGGAGAAGUUGAAAAUGGCAUGUUGCCUUAUAUUCAAAUGAACAAUGGUACAAAAGAGAUCGCAGCAACAACAACCACAGCGACAGUAACAACCAUAACAAGGAAACAAGAGGUUUAUAAAGAUAUAGACGGUGAGAAUAAUACUUCGUUUGGUAAUUUUCCAUGGCAAGUGAAUGAAGAAAGUAAUAUGAGUAGUGUCAUUGGUUCAGGAAAAGAGUUGUACUCAAAUGGAGGACUUGGGUCUUCCUGGUUUGGACUGAUUAACAAUCUUUGAUGUAGAUUUUGCUAUAUUGAGCUUAGCUUUGCACAUUCAGAGUACAAAAUAAAACCGUAACGCAAUGAGGUUUCUCUAUAAUUUUCUAAUUUCCAGAGACCAUUAGACUACACAAUUGUUUUUUAAAGAGAGGUUUAUAAACUAUCUGUUGCUGAUACUUCCGAAAGACAGCUUAAAUUAACAAGUGAUCGAUGCUUCUUGGAUAUGUUUAUAUAUGGGUCGCGGAUGGAUUAAGAGUAGCAAAUAAUCAAGAUAAGACCGUGGUAUCAAUUAGCAUGCUAGACCAUAGACCUGUAGUGGUAUCAUGCCACAUAUUCUAUCAUUACUCUGUAACCUGAAAAGGAUAUUACAUAAUGAUGCGGAAGUUUCAAAUAACGUUGAGCAUA